AUGGCUGCGUUGUCUUAUCCUGGCGCGUUUGAGAGCAUGUACAACAGUCAGCUUGCACAGCUCACCUUUAAUUCGAAACCCAUUAUCACAAACCUCACGUUGAUCGCGCAGGAGCAUUCGCACAGGAUGGCGACGCUGGUUGCCAAACUGAUUGACACUCAUAUUAUCACGGCCAUCCCGCCGUACAGGCUCCCGGCCAUGUAUCUGUUGGAUUCGAUCUCCAAAAACAUUGGAUCCCCAUAUACAGAGCUUUGGGCCCCCCGGAUUCCGACAUUGCUUUUAGAGUCGUACCGGGUGGUGGACCAACCAACGAAAGUACGCCUAGAGGAGCUUCUGGCUACGUGGCGUACUUCUGGCUCUGGAGGUCGACCUUUGUUUGGCGAGAACGCGCAGUCGACCAUUGAGCGCUCUUUGUUUGGUAGUCAAGGUGCACCUGCGCGCCGUACUGCACCGUCACAGGCGCAGGUGCUUGCAUCGACCGAGCGUCUUUUGGCGCUCAAGACACAAGAGCGUGCUCGUAAUCCUUCUGAUGUGGCCGUUCCUACGACAAUCGAGCUGCUAGAAAAUUUGAAAGACAAAGUACAGGAAACAGAGGAUGCAGAGACGCUGAUUGAAAUCCAAAAAGAGCUGGACAGGCUAGGGACGAAGGCGCCGGCUAUGCGCGAAACGCGCGCCGGCUCGGCUCAACCGACUGGUCCAGCCGCACAGCAAACAGAAACCCCCUUUGGCGGCGGCCCUGCAUCGAAUGCAUCUGAUCUCAUUGCUAAUCUUAUGCGCGCGGGUUUGAUUCCUGGCGCAACGAGUCCUGCAAAUUUUGCACCGGCUGAACCACGGGCUAGUUUGGACAAGUAUUAUACCGAAUUUAUUAUGUCGCUUGAAUUGCGCUUGACAAACUACGACAUGGCACGGCAGCCGCCAGAGCUGGAAUUGGUUAUCAAGGAAAAUCUACCUCUGCAGUGUCGUCAAUGUGCCAACCGAUACCCAGAUACGCCCGCGGGAAAAAAUAGCCGCGAUGCGCACCUUGACUGGCACUUUUCACAAAAUCGGCGUUUUAGGAUCAGUAUUGCGCGCGGCCAAAGUCGUGCAUGGCUCGAUCCCUUGGCUCGCUGGGUGCGCGGCGGUUUUGGCGACGUAUUGGAGCAAAAAACAGAUGCUGAGAAUGAUGAUCUGCGCCUUAACCCAGCGCAGGAAAAGGCAAUGCGCGACAAGUUUGCCAGUACCUACGUCGUGGCGCCUGAAGACCCGGAAAUCACAGCACGUCCCUGCCGUAUUUGCAAAGAAAAAUUCCAGAGCGAAUGGAGCGAGGACGUGGAGGAGUGGAUCUGGGGGAAUGCCGUGGAUGUGGAUGGUACAUUUUAUCAUGCAUCUUGCUACUACUCUGCGAAGAGUAUGUCCGACAGCGUCGGCAUACUACGAAAAGCUGACACCCCUGUCUUUGUGAAAGAAGAAAGCAUGGGUGCUCCAUUGAAGCGUAAGGCGGAGUCGGACGAACCCGCCCCUCCUUUGGGAGAGCAGGCACACCCAACAAAGAAAACUGCCGCUGGCGGCGUGUUAGUCUCUCCGGAAGAAUAG